GUUCCCUGUUAAGAGCGAUCGCCUCACCGCCAACGAACGGAAAAUGUCGCACGGCAACAAGCAGCAAGCGGCUGGGCCUCUGAACGCCGCGGGGAAAACCCAACCGGGGAGCUUCCUGGUGUCAAUCAAGCAGGAGAAAGGCGAGGCCCCUCGUCUGAUUGUGGAGAAGCCCCACAGCGAAGAAGAGCCCGUGAAGAAGAGGGGCUGGCCGAAAGGGAAGAAGAGGAAGAAGAUCCUCCCGAACGGGCCGAAGGCCCCGGUGACUGGAUACGUCCGCUUCCUGAACGAGCGGCGGGAGCGGAUCCGCAUGCAGCACCCGGACCUGCCCUUCCCGGAGAUCACGAAGAUGUUGGGCGCGGAGUGGAGCAAACUGCAGCCGGUGGAUAAGCAGCGUUACCUGGAUGAGGCCGAGCGCGAGAAGCAGCAGUACAUGAAGGAGCUGAGGGAGUACCAGCAGUCCGAAGCCUACAAGAUGUGUGCCGAAAAGAUGCAGGAGAAGAAGAUCAAGAAAGAGGAUGCCGGUUCAGGAAUUGUGAACACGCUGCUGAACGGAUACAAGCUCGGAGAGGGCGGCAGCGACGGCUUCUCCACAUUUGACGUCCCCAUAUUUACCGAGGAGUUCUUGGACCAGAAUAAAGCUCGGGAAGCGGAGCUUCGGCGCCUGCGCAAGGUGAACACGGAGUUUGAGGAGCAGAACUCCAUCUUGCAGAAGCACACGGAGAACAUGAGCUGCGCCAAAGAACGCCUGGAGCAAGAGCUGGCUCUGGAAGAGAGGCAGACCCUCGCCCUGCAGAAGCAGCUGCAGACGGUGCGCCAGGCCCUGACCGCCAGCUUUGCCAGCCUGCCGAUCCCAGGCACCGGGGAGACCCCUACGUUGAACACCCUCGAUUUCUACAUGGCGAAGCUCCACAGCGCCAUCGAGAGCAACCCGGUGCAGAACGAGAGGCUCGUGGUGCGGGUCAAGGAGAUUCUGUCUCGCAUCGCCAGUGAACACUUGUGAGCAGCCACAGACCUCCCGGCGCAACUCGAAAACUUCGCACAACUCUGAUGUGCUGCGUCGCCUCGGAAGUCUCCCUGCAUGCGUCUGCCUCCGCCUUCCAGACCUCUCCUCUCUAACUGUGCCUCUUCUGUGCUCCUGAGAUGUUCCGGGAGCAACCUUCUCCCCCUCUCCUUAUUC